UAGCUGUCAUUCAACUAGCGUCAUAAUCUUGAAAUGUUCCCAGAAGGAUGAACACAAAGCUUGGAAAAGUUAAGCUUCCACCUUGCAGACCGAAGACAGCGAAAAACCCUAAUACUGUUACUCACAUAUAUUACGAUCACAAGAAUUUGAAAAAAAUUCCUCUAAUAGAUCUAUCAACAGUUUGUGUCAUCUACUUACAUAACAAUGAGAUAACUCAGAUAGAGAACUUGAAAUCAUCCACUGUCACAUCUCUAUAUCUGCAGUGUAAUAAUAUAUAUGAAAUAAAAGGUUUGGAAGAUGUACCGAACGUCAAGAAACUGUACCUAGGGAAUAAUGAAAUUAGCGUACUCGAAGGUAUUGACCAUCUGAAUGAUUUGGAAGAGCUACAUAUCGAAAAGCAAAAUUUGCCGAUGGGCACAGCACUUUGUUUUGACCCGAGAAGUAUAAUGUGCAUAUCGAAAUCUCUACAGGUGUUGAACAUUUCGGGCAAUGGAAUAGAAUCAUUAUCCUCAUUAGCGCCGUUACGACAUCUUCGAUCGAUAUGUGCUUCGAAUAACAGGCUAAAAGACAUUGAGGAAGUUUGUGAACUGAUCAAAUCAUGGUUCUACUUGAGAGAGGCAUGGUUUCUUGGAAACCCAUUCAGUAAAAAACACCGUUAUCGUGAGGACAUCAUUGCAGCUUCAUACUGUCUCGAUUUCCUCGAUGAUAAAGCAGUAUCGGCGUCUACUAGAAAUUUCAUCAAAUGCUUCGAGAAUGAGAAAUUGAAAAAAUCAAGUAGACCUUCCAUCAAUCUCGAAGAGAUUGUUCCGAGUUUGCCAAAGAAUUAUCCAUUGCCUUUGAAAAAGGCAGUUUCAGCCUCUUUGGUCCAAAACAAGUUGCAUAUUCUUGGUCCCUUAGACACACCAGUUGAAAAGAAAUCGACCAUCUCUCCAAACAAACCACGAUUGAAGAAGAAAUCUCACCAUAAUCGAAUUAUCAAGGAGGAGAUGAAUCAUUUUCCGGGAUCUUUUUCCUAUGAGAUGAGAUUACCAACAUGAAAAUAACACUUGAAAUGAAAUACCCGAUCAUAUUUUAAUAUUUUUGUGGACUACCUGAAAUCAUUGUGGGAUGGAAAUAAAAAACACACAUUUCAAAAGCUUUUUAUAUUUAACACACAAAUUAAACUACCUGUACAAAUCAGUUCAAUUAAAUUUGUAUAACAAUGUGAGUUUUACACUGGACCAAUUAGUUGAUUGCCCUCUACCUAUUGCAGAUACAAAAAUCCAUUGAAAUCAUUGAAAUUACUCUGUUAAUGCUGAAUUAUUAAUAAAUCUUUGAUAUGCUU